AUGGCCAUCGCCAUGGAGACCGACCUCAGCCGUGUGUGUCCAUCCAUCCCAGAUUCCCAGAUGAAAGGCUCGGCUGCAUGAGAUUUUUCCGUAACCGUUCUGUUGGUGUGGGAGGCCUUUUCCCAUGGAAGGUGGCUGGUGUAACAGCUAGCCUGCGAAUGACAUCCGUUCCUCUCGAUUGAUUGCUUCCUGUAUCCCCAAACGCCAUGUGAAAUAGGCGGAUACGAUCAUUUCUUCAUAUUCCCAGAAAACAUAUGUAGGCCUACUAUUGUAUAACUUCCUCAGUGAUUUGCUUUAUGUUCAAGUAAUCCUCAAGAAGCUGUGCUGCGGGUUAAAAUAUAUAAAACCACUGCGGCGCUUAAGUAUUGUACCUUACUAACCAAUUCGUUCAAUGUAGGCCUGGUGUGGAUAGAAAAUCGGAAUUAUUGCACUAUAAUCAGGAAACAACUGUAACCGUUGAAGAUGAUCCUGCCUUAUUUCAUUGUUGUGUAAGGCUUAGCCCAGGAAAAUAAAUAAUAUGCUAGAAAAAUGUUAUUUCUUCCCAAAACCCAGUUACUGAUUUUGAUUUAAUAUGUCCUGCUGUCCUCGUUGUGCAUGUUGAAUCUGAAACUUUCUAAAUAUAGACUGGAACUUGAGAGUGAAACUCUAAAAUGCAAUCCACAGCUGUGAAGUAAGAUUAUCUAUUGGGUUACAUAAUGUGAUUUUAAGCACUUACAAAUUCGUAACAUAUCAUACGAAUUGCAAAAUUGCAGGACGUACUGUAACGUAUCAUGUGAAAUGGAUGACGUACACAAUUGUGCACAAUCUUCGUAGGGCCGUUUUUGCUCGUGAGCGCUACUUUCAAAACUACUGCCUGAAAUUAUACAAAACGCUGCUGCAUCACUUUAACCUGGUUGUUUUAAUCAAGAUAUAAUUUCUAAAGUAUGGUUUAGCAAUUGUGGAUGGUGGGAACAUAUCACAAAAUAGCUAAAACAUUUUAGUAGACGCUCUUAUUCAGAGCGACUUACAUGAGCAAUUAGGGUUAAGUGCCUUGCUCAAGGGCACAUCGACAGAUUUUUCACCUAGUCGGCUCUGGGAUUAGAACCAGCGACCUUUCAGUUACUGGCACAACGCUUAACCACUAAGCUACCUGCCAUCCUAAAAGAGAUGCAGAUUAUUCUACUUUCUUUCAACUACACUUAACAAAAAUAUAAAAAGUCAAGGGGUCUGAAUGCUUUCCAAAUGCACUGUAUACUGAACAAAAAUACAAACACAACAUGUAAAGUGUUGGUCCCAUGUUUCAUUAGCUGAAAUAAAAGAUCCCAGAAAUGUUCCAUAUGCACAAAAAGCAUAAGCACAUUUCAAAUUUUUUUGGGGCACAAAUCUGUUUAAAUUCCUGUUAGUGAGUAUUUCUCCUUUGCCAAGAUAAUCCAUCAAGAAGCUGACUAAACAGCAUGAUCAUUACACAGGUGCACCUUGUGCUGGGGACAAUAAAAUGCCACUUUAAAAUGUGCAAUUUUGUCACACAACACAGCCACAGAUGUCUCAAGUUUUGAGGGAGCUUGCAAUUGGCAUGCUGACUGCAGGAAUGUCCACCAGAGCUGUUGCCAGAGAAUUGAAUCUUAAUUUCUUUACCAUAAGCUGCCUCCAACGUCGUGUAUGGCGUUGUGUGGGCGAGCGGUGUGUUGAUGUCAAAGUUGUGAACAGAGUGCCCCAUGGUGGCGGUGGGGUUACAGUGAGGUAAAAAAGUAUUUGAUCCCCUGCUGAUUUUGUAUGUUUGCCCACUGACAAAGAAAUGAUCAGUCUAUAAUUUUAAUGGUAGGUUUAUUUGAACAGAGAAAGACAGAAUAACAACAAAAAAAUCCAGAAAAACGCAUGUCAAAAAUGUUAUAAAUUGAUUUGCAUUUUAAUGAGGGAAAUAAGUAUUUGACCCCCUCUCAAUCAGAAAGAUUUCUGGCUCCCAGGUGUCUUUUAUACGGGUAACGAGCUGAGAUUAGGAGCACACUCUUAAAGGGAGUGCUCCUAAUCUCAGCUUGUUACCUGUAUAAAAGACACCUGUCUACAGAAGCAAUCAAUCAAUCAAUCGAUUCCAAACUUUCCACUAUGGCCAAGACCAAAGAGCUCUCCAAGGAUGUCAGGGACAAGAUUGUAGACCUACACAAGGCUGGAAUGGGCUACAAGACCAUCGCCAAGCAGCUUGGUGAGAAGGUGACAACGGUUGGUGCGAUUAUUCGCAAAUGGAAGAAACACAAAAUAACUGUCAAUCUCCCUCGGCCUCGGGCUCCAUGCAAGAUCUCACCUCGUGGAGUUGCAAUGAUCAUGAAAACGGUGAGGAAUCAGCCCAGAACUACACGGGAGGAUCUUGUCAAUGAUCUCAAGGCAGCUGGGAGCAUAGUCACCAAGAAAACAAUUGGUAACACACUACGCCGUGAAGGACUGAAAUCCUGCAGCGCUGCAAGGUCCCCCUGCUCAAGAAAGCACAUAUACUGUACAUGCCCGUCUGAAGUUUGCCAAUGAACAUCUGAAUGAUUCAGAGGAGAACUGAGUGAAAGUGUUGUGGUCAGAUGAGAUCAAAAUUGAGCUCUUUGGCAUCAACUCAACUCGCCGUGUUUGGAGGAGGAGGAUUGCUGCCUAUUACCCCAAGAACAACAUCCCCACCGUCAAACAUGGAGGUGGAAACAUUAUGCUUUGGGGGUGUUUUUCUGCUAAGGGGACAGGACAAUUUCACCGCAUUACAUUUACAUUUACAUUUUAGUAAUUUAGCAGACGCUCUUAUCCAGAGCGACUUACAGUUAGUGAGUGCAUACAUUAUUUUUUAAUAUAUAUAUUUUUCAUACUGGCCCCCCGUGGGAAUCGAACCCACAACCCUGGCGUUGCAAACGCCAUGCUCUACCAACUGAGAUACAUCCCUGCCGGCCAUUCCCUCCCCUACCCUGGACGACGCUGGGCCAAUUGUGCGCCGCCCCAUGGGUCUCCCGGUCGUGGCCGGCUACGACAGAGCCUAGAUUCGAACCAGGUUCUCUAGUGGCACAGCUAGCACUGCAACUUCACCACAUCAAAGGGACGAUGGACAUGGCCAUGUACCAUCAAAUCUUGGGUGAGAACCUCCUUCCCUCAGCCAGGGCAUUGAAAAUGGGUUGUGGGUGGGUAUUCCAGCAUGACAAUGACCCAAAACACACGGCCAAGGCAACUAAGGAGUGGCUCAAGAAGAAGCACAUUAAGGUCCUGGAGUGGCCUAGCCCGUCUCCAGACCUUAAUCCCAUAGAAAAUCUGUGGAGGGAGCUGAAGGUUCGAGUUGCCAAACGUCAGCCUCGAAACCUUAAUGACAUGGAGAAGAUCUGCAAAGAGGAGUGGGACAAAAUCCCUCCUGAGAUGUGUGCAAACCUGGUGGCCAACUACAAGAAACAUCUGACCUCUGUGAUUGCCAACAAGGGUUUUGCCACCAAGUACUAAGUCAUGUUUUGCAGAGGGGUCAAAUACUUAUUUCAGUCAUUAAAAUGCAAAUCAAUUUAUAACAUUUUUGACAUGCGUUUUUCUGGAUUGUUUUGUUGUUAUUCUGUCUCUCACUGUUCAAAUAAACCUACCAUUAAAAUUAUAGACUGAUCAUUUCUUUGUCUGUGGGCAAACGUACAAAAUCAGCAGGGGAUCAAAUACUUUUUUCCCUCACUGUUUGGUAUGGGCAGACAUAAACUAUGGACAACAAACACAAAUGCAUUUUAUCGAUGUGUCGUGCUGCAUGAGGCAUAUGGUGGUCACACCAGAUACUGACUGGUUGUCUGAUCCAGGCCCCUACCUUUUUUAAAAUGUGUCUAUCUGUGACCGACAGAUGCAUAUCUGUAUUCCCAGUCAUAUGAAAUCCAUAGAUAAGGGCCUAAUGUUAGUGAGCAUUUCUCCUUUGCCAAGAUAAUCCAUCCACCUGACAGGUGUGGCAUAUCAAGAAGCUGAUUAAACAGCAUGAUCAUUACACAGGUGCACCUUGUGCUGGGGACGAUAAAAGGCCAUAAAAGGCCAGAAUUUUAUGUUAAUGUCUCUACCAUAAGCCGCCUCCAACGUCGUUUUAGAGAAUUUUGCAGUACGUCCAACCGGCCUCACAACCGCAGACCACGUGUAACCACGCCAGCCCAGGACCUCCACAUCCGGCUUCUUCACCUGCAGGAUCGUCUGAAACCAGCCACCCGGACAGCUGAUGAAACUGAGGAGUAUUUCUGUCUGUAAUAAAGCCCUUUUGUGGGGAAAAACUCAUUCUGAUUGGCUGGGGCUGGUUCCCCAGUUGGUGGGCCUGGUUCUCAAGUGGGUCGGCCUAUGUCCUCCCAGGACCACCCAUGGCUGCGCCCCUGCCCAGUCAUGUGAAAUCCAUAGAUUAGGGUCUAAUUUAUUUAUUUUAAUUGACUGAUUUCCUUAAAUGAACUGUAACUCAGUAAAAUCUUUGAAAUUGUUGCAUUUAUAUUUUUGUUCAGUAUAGAAUAAGCAUUUCAUACUCUAUAGAGACAGACAGUUGAGUAGGCCUUUUUUGUUUGACUUAUAUUCUUCAACCUUGGUAGACAGAAAUCUGACUGUGCCAUUAAUUUGGUCCUCAAUCUCCUCCUCUCUUUCAGUCUCCCAUUCUCUCGCCCUACAACCUGCCGACUCCUGCACUCUCGAGCACUAACUUCAGGCAAUUAAGAAAAUAAACAGUACUUCCUAGGGUCCCUGUGGACCAUUAAUCUACUUUUCCAGAUUACAGCACAUAUAGUUGGCCUGGCAAGCUGCCGACUGUCAACAAUGGGUAACCAGUAGACACUGGAACUAUGUGGCCUCCGUUGUGAGAGGCAUGCUUAAAUGUGUCAGCUACAAUUUAGUCACAUUUACUAUCAGUAUGGCAUGUUGAGAUUAAGCUGUUGGGAUUAGUUGUGAAAUGUGGAUACUGGCGACCAUGGUAACAACAGAACACCCAUGGUAGAUUUGGCGCUAGAUGUUAUUUAUCGUGUGGAAGUCAAAGAAAAUAUCUCAUAUAUAUUAUUUUUCGCCUCCUGUUAGCUGUAAAGGCAGAGGUUUCAGUGAGCAGGGAGGGAUUGGAGUUUGAUAGGAUGUUGAGAGCUCUGAGCUGGUAUGAACACCAGACCUCUUCUGAUAACAAAAACUCAAAUAAACACUUCUGUGUGUAACAUUUCAAAGAAUACUGAAACCUGCCAAAUAAUGAUAUGUAAGCACAAUGGACAAGAUUAGGGGUAGAAUUCAAUCAAACAUGUCAUGACUUGAGACUUGAUGGUGUGUGUGUGUGUGGGUGUCACUCAGCCCUGUCAUUUUGUUAGAUCUUGCUGAGAUUCGUCAUGGUAUUUGCAGGUUUAAAGUAUGGUUAUUAAACUGGCAGUUAAUUUUCACCAAACACUGUGAUGAUAAGUGUUACAUUUUCUUCUUACAUUUACAUUCUCUGCACCUCAACAAAUUUGAUCACCACCAAGCAUUUAAUGAAGCUGUUCUCUCUGAACGAAGGGGGGGGGGGGGUGCUUGGGUUUGAGGGCAGAGGUUGAAGUUCAACUCUAGUCAACCUUGAGGCCAAAGUGGCAUUAUUUAUCUCUGUGGGGAGAGUCUGUUACAUUGCUACCCCAUAAACGGACCCAGUCCCAGUGGAAUGGUGGAAUGUUAAUGGUCGCCCUGAGAAUGGCAGGUCACAGUCAAUCCCUUGACACAGGUCACCUCCAACCAGUGACCCCCAGUUUAACCAAACCCAGAACACUUUCUAAACACCUCAUCCAGUAACAUGUCUGAAAGCAGAGUUGGAAUCCACUACCAAAAAGUUAUUAGCCAUGGUGAACCACCAGUGGAUAUACAGCACACCAGCGCCUUAAUAGAGAGGCAAAUAUAAAACAUGACAAAAUACAGUAUCUGUAACCCGGUUACAGUAGCCAACUCUUAUCAUUGUCAUGCUAUACGACAUGGCUAAAGCACAAACAGCACUGGACUGCUAGGCUAGAGUAUGUGCAUCUGUUGUCUAGGUAAGAAACCAACCCAGGAGCCUGCACUGCUGCACUGUGAGUUGAUGAAGUCUUUCUGUGACAGGGUGGAAAUAGUUUGUCCAGCCAAAGACUUGUCAGUCCUGGGAGGCAGCGUACUAAAUACCUUGGGAAUGGAGCUCAGAUUUAUAGCUCUGUAACCAUUGCAGAGCACUACAGCCCCCAAGGGAGGGACCAUAUAGCUUAAGCAAUAAAUUGGAUUAAUUAAUAGGUCUAAAUGUUCUCACUCUGAGGCAUCCUUUCCAGUGGUGAUGAAGAGGUAGGCAACCUUUACUCAUAUCUGACCAUCGGUUUGGGAGACCAACAGACUAUUACUCAUCAUAACCGAGUAUGAUCCAACACCUCAGUCUUAGAUGUUUUAUUUUGUGGAAAGCGAGCCGUAAUGGUAUAUUCUCUCUGCCACAAGUCCCUUUCCACAACAUUAAGAAUAUUGUUCUUUUUUCACUGAUUUCUUCAAGGAUUUAUGAAACUUGCACACCAAGGGGCCAAGCUUGUUCCAGGAGCAGGACAGAGCUAGGUAUGAGGGAAAGUUGUGGUGGCUGCCAAGGAGUUGCAGUUGACCGGAACAUGCCAAAGACCAUUUGAAAGUGACUAAUUUGGUUUUUCUAAAGACCUGUUGGAGGUGACAUAUGUGUCCUCUAAACUAGGCUACUGACAGCUGUCAUACUGAGGUUUCUACAAAUUUAAUGGUACCACUUUGGGUAUUGUUUGCAGGGUUAUUUGAAAACUAUUGCACUGUAUUUCAUGAGCAAAAACAAUCGUUCCCACAAACAGAGUCAACUUCAAAGAGCUCUCACAAUGGAAAACUAUACAAAACAAUCAAUCUUAUGGACAUCCCUUUGUCUGAAAGACCUCAUCUGUAAUUUUGCAGGAUCAAAUGUAAUUCCUAACAUUCUGAAGUUGGGUGAAAGAGAGAACUUUGCAAGAACAACUGCUGUUUGUUACAAGUGACCUUGUUUAACAAACCAAUGCAUCUCUAGUUUGUCACAAAUAAAUGACCAAUGUGACUAGGGAAGCAAAUGUGGUCCAUUUCCUCAAAAUGGUAUUCCAUUGUUCUAUGUAUUGAAAUGGCUCAGGAGAGGAAGGUUUCUCAUAUCAUUUCCUGUUCUCAUGUAUAAAUAAUCCUCCUCAGAAUGAUUUUUGCUUGCUUCCCAUGACCGUAUGAAUAAAUAUAGCAUGGCACAGACAGUGUAAAACAGUACCUGGGACAAUUCUGUGAAAUAUUGGAAUACUUUGGAGUUCGGAUUCAAUGCUUUGACAAAUUACAUCUUAUCAUUUACACUAAGUGUACAAAACAUUAGGAACACCUGCUCUUUCCAUGACAGACUGACCAGGUGAAUCCAGGUGAAAGCUAUAGUCCCUUAUUGAUGUCACCUGUUAAAUCCACUUCAAUCAGUGUAGAUGAAGGAGAGAAAACAGUUUAAAGAAGGAUUGUUAAGCCUUGAGACAUGGAUUGUGUAUGUGUGCCAUUCAGAUGGUGAAUGGGCAAGACAAAAUAUUUAAGUGCCUUUGAACGGGGUAUUGUAGUAGUUGCCAGGUGCACCGGUUUGUGUCAAGAACUGCAACACUGCUGGGUUUUUCACGCCCAACAGUUUCCCGUGUGUAUCAAGAAUGGUCCACCACCCAAAGGACAUCCAACCAACUUGACACAACUAUGGGAAGCAUUGGAGACAACAUGGGCCAGCAUCCCUGUGGAAUGCUUUCGGCACCUUGUAGAAUCCAUGCCCCGACGAAUUGAGGGUGUUCCUAGGUCAAAAGGGGGUGCAACUCAAUAUUAGGAAGGUGUUCCUAAUGUUUUGUGCACUGUGUAUAGUCUUAUAGGCAACUUGUACUAAAUACGUAUUGAUUUACAUGUCUUCACUACAGUAUUAAUUUUUUUAUUUUUAGAUCAUCUUAUUAAAGCCCAUCUGGACUGAUGGUUGAAAUACAGUGCCUUCAGAAAGUAUUCACACCCUUGACUUUUUCCACAUUUUGUUGUGUUACAGCCUGAGAUUUUGUGUCACUGGCCUACAGACAAUAACCCAUAAUGUCAAAGUGGAAUAAUGUUUUUAUACAUUUUUACAAAUUAAUUAAAAAUGAAAAGCUAAAAUGUCUUGAGUCAAUAAGUAUUGAACCCCUUUGUUAAAACAAGCCUAAAUAAGUUCAGGAGUAAAAAUGUGCUUAACAAGUCACAUAAUAAGUUUCAUGGACUCACUCUGUGUGCAAUAAUAGUGUUUAACAUGAUUUGUUAAUGACUAACUAAUCUCUGUACCCCACACAUACAAUUAUCUGUAAGGUCCCUCAGUCGAGCAACGAAUUUCAAACACAAAGACCAGGGAGGUUUUCCAAUGCCUUGCAAAGAAGGGCACCUACUGGUAGUUGGGUAAAAAUAAAAGAAACAGCCAUUGAAUAUCCCUUUGAGAAUGGGGAAGUUAUUAAUUACACUUUGGAUGGUGUAUCAAUACACCCAGUCAUUACAAAGAUACAGGCGUCCUUCUUAAUCUUAGUUGUCGGAGAGGAUUGAAACCUUGAGGCCAAUGGUGACUUUAAAACAGUUAACUAAUUUAACGGCUGUGAUAGAGAAAAUUGAGGAUGGAUCAACAUAAUUGUAAUUACUCCGCAAUACUAACCUAAAUGACAGAGUGAAAAGAAAGAAGCCUGUACAGAAUAAAACAUAUUCCAAAACAUGCAUCCUGUUUGCAAUAAGGCACUAAAGUAAAACUGCAAAAAAUGUAUGUCCUGAAUACAAAGCGUUAAGUUUGGGGCAAAUCCAACACAACACAUCACUGAGUACCCCUCUUCAUAUUUUCAAGCAUGGUGGUGGCUGCAUCAUGUUAUGGUUAUGCUUGUCAUUGGAAAGGACUAGGGAGUUUUUUUAGGAUAAAAAGAAACAGAAUAGAGCUAAGCACAGGCAAAAUCCUAGAGGAAAACCUGGUUCAGUCUGCUUUCCAACAGACACUGGGAGACAAAUUCACCUUUCAGCAGGACAAUAACCUAAAACACAAGGCCAAAUGUACACUGGACUUGCUUACCAAGAUGAGAUUGAAUGUUCCUGAGUGGCCUAGUUACCGUUUUGACUUAAAUCGGCAUAAAAAUCUAUGGCAAGACUUGAAAAUGGCUGUCUAGCAAUGAUCAACAAACAACUUGACAGAGCUUGAAUAAUUGUUUUUAUAAUAAUGUGAAAAUAUUGUACAAUGCAGGUAUGCAAAGCUCUUAAAAACGUACCCAGAAAGACUCAGCUAUAAUCGCUGCUAAAUGAGUAUCUAACAUGUAUUAUUGACUCAGGGGUGUGACUACUUAUGUAAAUGAGAUAUUUCUGUAUUUCAUUUAAAAUACAUUUGCAAAAAUUUCUAAAAACAUAUUUUAACUUUGUCAUUAUGGGGUAUUGUGUGUAGAUGGGUGAGAGAAAAAAACAAUAUUUAAUAUAUUUUGAAUUCAGGCUGUAACAACAAAAUGUGGAAUAAAUCAAUAAUUUCUGAAGGCACUGUAGCUCAUGGUAAAGCAUGAUGAUGCAAUGCACAGACUCUUGAUUAUUCAACAUGACAAUAUCUGUGCUUACUCAAAUAAACCAUUUAAAAUAAUGUGUAUACCUAGGCCUAUCUAGAACAUUACAAUAUAUGGAUACUAAAUACACAUCAUGCAUUGCCUCCUAGUAAUUAGGCUGGCUGACAGAAAGACAUGAAUGAAUGAAUGACGCAAAUGAAUGAAAUGUAACCAACACUGAAAAGUUUUGCAAACUUUGAUAUUUUACACUAGCCGCCCUACUUGUGAAACCAUCUGGAUUGAAACUUGUUAGAGCUUGUACAGGAGUGUUUGAAGUGCACCAUUUUCGUGAUGCCACAGAUCUCUAUCUAAUCUGCAUUGCAUCUCCACCUGUAAAACGGCAGCAACCAUUGUUCAGAGCGUCUCCCUAUGCAUUGGCCCUAUCCAGAUUCUACAUUCCUGAAAAAUCAGCACUAGGGCUAGGGGCUGUCCUAGUAUUCACAGACGCCGGUGGCAGACGGGAUCAUGGCCUACUCAGCACUGAAUUGCACACCUUUUAUGUUGUGUUUUAUUUAUUGUGCGUUACUUUUUGGUAAUAUAUUUUGCGAUGCUGAUUCAGAAGAAGAUGAACAUGCCAAGCAUACGUAUACGGUGGAUAUGUUCAACGAUGCUGUCCCCACCGCUCCCCACUUUGUCAUGUUCUUCGCCCCUUGGUAAGCAAACGUUUAUUCACGUUUUAACCUGAAUGAAUGGAUUAGCUAGUUAGUAGCUAGCAAUUUGUAAAGUUAUUGACAACGUUACAUAUUUCCUUACCAAAAUUAGCUAGCUGUUUCAUUUUCAAGUUGUCAUGACAUGAUGGGCAAGCUGCUAACUUUGAUUACUGCUACUAGCAAACGUUACCUAGUUAACUGCAGCUAACUAGCGUAGCUUUUUGACGGCUAACGUUAGCUGACUACUGAUCUAACUAAUAAGCUGUCUAGUCAGCCGACUUGUCUUUUUAGUUACACGUGAUAUGAUAUGGCUGUUGUAUAUAAAAUGUUAAUUCAUCCUUGCAUUUGAUGCAAAGUCCAUUUAAUCUGGCUAACGCGUUGUCUAUUACUCCAAUACUCGAGCGUUAGGUAGCAUGUUAUGGCUGCUACAUUUUGGGAUACCGUUAUUUAAACUAGCGAACUUUUUGAAGUCACGUUUCAACUUGAACUGUCCCGUACUUUAACAUGUUAGUUGACAAAGUCGCUACAUGCACACCGCAGUGUUUUUUCAAGGUGUUAAUUUUGCUGCUUAAAUGUUUCUACUGUACAGCAGCUUGCUUGCUAACAUUACAAUACAGUACAGUGGAGGAAUAGAUCAUUUCAGGAUUCGUUCCUGCUGUGACCGUUUACGUGGCACUGAUAAACGUAACCUCGUAGACAUGCACGCACAAAAGCUGUGCCUAAAAAUGUCCCAUCUUUUUUUUGCCCAGUGAAUAAUCUACUUGAUGUAGUUAGGCCUAAAUGGGAUUUAACAUAUGUUGGUGUCUUUGCUGACAUUUAGGCUUAUAGAAAAACAUGUAGCGCUUCAUCAUGGAAGUAAAAUAUCAGUCUUUUCUCCUCAGAGAUAUUUCCUCAAAAGGAUUUCUGGUCGCCUCCCUAUGUUUUCUUGAUACUCAUGUGAAGUGUCACACCUCCCCAUAUACAAGCAUAGCCGCGGAAAGUAGGGGUGCUGAGGGGGCUGCAGCAACCCUAAAAAAUCUAAAUAAAACCAAUAAUAAUAAUAAAAAAAAAUAUUCAUAAAAGUAGUGCACUCGGCCUUUACUAGUCCGAUAUAUAGCCGUCUGUAGCGCUGGCAAAAAAAAAAACAAUUCUCUGCUGCAUUGUCUUUUCAGGUGUGGUCACUGCCAGAGGCUACAAGGGACAUGGAACGAGAUGGCGGACAAAUACAACAGCAUGGAGUCGCCGCCGGCCUACGUUGUAAAGGUUGACUGCACUCAGGACGUCAAGUUCUGCUCCAACGUCCACGGCAUCAGUGGCUACCCUACGUAAGUACAGUGGCGUAUUCAUUUGAGCUGAACAACAAUUUUGCAGUUUUAAAGCUAAUUUCCUGCAAUUCUAUGCAUUUUGCCAAUGCUACUGCUGUGUUCCUCUGCUCAAACAUUAUAACAAAAUCAAUGUUCACGUGCCCUCAAUUCCAUUUUUUUUAUUUUUUUUCUCAAUACUCCCUGACUGUCUAGUUUUUAUUUUAUUGUUAGUUUUCAAAUAUGAUAUUAUUUAAACAAAUAUUAAUAUAGUUCAAUAUCUUUUCUGCAUGCUUUCUAUCUGGUAUUGGUCGUUUAAGUUGACACAAACUGUUUUUCCAUCGUGAAAAUUACCACUUAGCUGGCCUGCCUAAUCAUUUUCUAUACAGAACAUACCCUGUAAUUAGCUUGAUUUUGGCAAUGAAGCCAUUUAUCUACUUCUCCAGAGUUGGAUGAACACGAACAGUUUGCAUGCUAACUGUUCCUGUAGACUUCCAGUCAUUAUGCUAACACUAGUUAGCAUUGGCUUGUGAAACUACCUCUAACUUCCCCCAUACUGGACGCGGAGACAUACAAAUGGUAUCUACAAUGGACCCCAAUUUGAAAAACUCUGCAUUGUGCAAUAGAACAGUUUCUUCUUGGUUUUCUUAUUGGAUAAGUUGAGAGUACCUCACCGUUUCGGGGCACAUUUUGCUACAGGGAUAAACCAUGAAGAGCAGUGAGCUUCAAUGUAGAUUGAUUACUUAUUGACAGAUAGCAGUGAACAUUGACAUGCAUUUCGUUGAAUUUUUAACCACUGGUUUUGCAGUGUAUGCUCUUUAAAGGAGGAACCUGGACCCUAGCAUGCUUAUAAACUACUUGGUCGAAAAAAAACGACUGUCACAAAGAAAGUAUUAACAUUUUAUUAGCCAUGAACAUGAUGUAAAUGUGUUGCAAAGGAGUUGACCAAUUUGGUGUAUUUUGAGUGUGUCGGUACUGCAGAGGAGUAUGGCCAAGCCCUAGUCAUUGAGUCGUAUGAUCUCAUUGAUCCCUGUGUUGUCUGUAGGCUAAAGCUGUUCAAGCCCGAGCAGGAGGCGAUGAAGUACCAAGGCCCCAGGGACCUGCAGUCUAUGGAGACCUGGAUGCUCAACACUUUGCAGGAGGAGCCUGUGGUAAGGAGAAAGGGGAGGGGAGGGGGGUUCAUGCAAAUCAAAUCAAAUCAAAUUUUAUUGGUCACAUGCGCCGAAUACAACAGGUGCAGACAUUACAGUGAAAUGCUUACUUACAGCCCUUAACCAACAGUGCAUUUAUUUUAAACAAAAAAAGUAAGAAUAAAACAACAACAAAAAAAGUGUUGAGGAAAAAAAGAGCAGAAGUAAAAUAAAGUGACAGUAGGGAGGCUAUAUAUACAGGGGGGUACCGUUGCAGAGUCAAUGUGCGGGGGCACCGGCUAGUUGAGGUAGUUGAGGUAAUAUGUACAUGUGGGUAGAGUUAAAGUGACUAUGCAUAAAUACUUAACAGAGUAGCAGCAGCGUAAAAAGGAUGGGGUGGGGGGGCAGUGCAAAUAGUCCGGGUAGCCAUGAUUAGCUGUUCAGGAGUCUUAUGGCUUGGGGGUAGAAGCUGUUGAGAAGUCUUUUGGACCUAGACUUGGCACUCCGGUACCGCUUGCCGUGCGGUAGCAGAGAGAACAGUCUAUGACUAGGGUGGCUGGAGUCUUUGACAAUUUUGAGGGCCUUCCUCUGACACCGCCUGGUAUAGAGGUCCUGGAUGGCAGGAAGCUUGGCCCCAGUGAUGUACUGGGCCGUACGCACUACCCUCUGUAGUGCCUUGCGGUCAGAGGCCAAGCAGUUGCCAUACCAGGCGGUGAUGCAACCAGUCAGGAUGCUCUCGAUGGUGCAGCUGUAGAAUUUUUUGAGGAUCUGAGGACCCAUGCCAAAUCUUUUUAGUCUCCUGAGGAGAGACAUCCCAUCAUCUCAUCUGAAAUGGCUUCUCAUUUCCUUCAUCUGCGCUGAUGGAUAGGUGAAAGCAAAUGAACGGAAGACAACGUCCUUGUUGUUUCCACAUUAUCCUGUUUUCAGUUCAGGCGACUGGUACUUACUUGCGUGUGCUUUUUUAAAGCCUACAGUGAGGGAAAAAAGUAUUUGAUCCCCUGCUGAUUUUGUAUGUUUGCCUACUGACGAAGAAAUGAUCAGUCUUUAAUUUUAAUGGUAGGUUUAUUUGAACAGUGAGAGACAGAAUAACAACAAAAAAAUCCAUAAAAACGCAUGUCAAAAAUGUUAUAAAUUGAUUUGCAUUUUAAUCAGGGAAAUAAGUAUUUGACCCCCUCUCAAUCAGAAAGAUGUAUGGCUCCCAGGUGUCUUUUAUACAGGUAACGAGCUGAGAUUAGGAGCACACUCUUAAAGGGAGUGCUCCUAAUCUCAGUUUGUUACCUGUAUAAAAGACAACUGUCCACAGAAGCAAUCAAUCAAUCAGAUUCCAAACUCUCCACCAUGGCCAAGACCAAAGAGCUCUCCAAGGAUGUCAGGAACAAGAUUGUAGACCUACACAAGGCUGGAAUGGGCUACAAGACCAUUGCCAAGCAGCUUGGUGAGAAGGUGACAACAGUUUGUGCGAUUAUUCGCAAAUGGAAGAAACACAAAAGAACUGUCAGUCUCUCUCGGCCUGGGGCUCCAUGCAAGAUCUCACCUCGUGGAGUUGCAAUGAUCAUGAGAACGGUGAGGAAUCAGCCCAGAACUACACGGGAGGAUCUUGUCAAUGAUCUCAAGGCAGCUGGGACCAUAGUCACCAAGAAAACAGUUGGUAACACACUACGCCGUGAAGGACUGAAAUCCUGCAGUGCCCGCAAGGUCCCCCUGCUCAAGAAAGCACAUAUACAGGCCCGUCUGAAGUUUGCCAAUGAACAUCUGAAUGAUUCAGAGGAGAACUGGGUGCUAGUGUUGUGGUCAGAUGAGACCAAAAUCAAGCUCUUUGGCAUCAACUCAACUCGCCGUGUUUGGAGGAGGAGGAAUGCUGCCUAUGACCCCAAGAACACCAUCCCCACCGUCAAACAUGGAGGUGGAAACAUUAUGCUUUGGGGGUGUUUUUCUGCUAAGGGGACAGGACAACUUCAACGCAUCAAAGGGACGAUGGACGAGGGCCAUGUACCGUCAAAUCUUGGGUGAGAACCUCCUUCCCUCAGCCAGGGCAUUGAAAUGGGUCGUGGAUGGGUAUUCCAGCAUGACAAUGACCCAAAACACACGGCCAAGGCAACAAAGGAGUGGCUCAAGAAGAAGCACAUUAAGGUACUGGAGUGGCCUAGCCAGUCUCCAGACCUUAAUCCCAUAGAAAAUCUGUGGAGGGAGCUGAAGGUUCGAGUUGCCAAACGUCAGCCUCGAAACCUUAAUGACUUGGAGAAGAUCUGCAAAGAGGAGUGGGACAAAAUCCCUCCUGAGAUGUGUGCAAACCUGGUGGCCAACUACAAGAAACGUCUGACCUCUGUGAUUGCCAACAAGGGUUUUGCCACCAAGUACUAAGUCAUGUUUUGCAGUGGGGUCAAAUACUUAUUUCCCUCAUUAAAAUGCAAAUCAAUUUAUAACAUUUUUUACAUGCGUUUUUCUGGAUUUUUUUGUUGUUAUUCUGUCUCUCACUGUUCAAAUAAACCUACCAUUAAAAUUAUAGACUGAUCAUGUCUUUGUCAGUGGGCAAACGUACAAAAUCAGCAGGGGAUCAAAUACUUUUUUCCCUCACUGUAUGUCAGAUACUCCAGUGAGUGUAAUUGGCUCAAAUGAGUGUCAUUUGCUAAAUAUUAGGAGUUCAUAAAUAAAGUUGACAUCAUUAGAAAGAUAUAUUUUCAAUUGUAGGUGUGUCAUUUAAAAUGUUUAUUCUGUUGUUGGACCCCAGUGUUGAAUACCCCUGCUUUAGACUUUUGAGAGCAUCUAAGUAGAAGAUACAGUAGGUGAUCCUGUAUGGCUCAGUUGGUAGAGCAUGGUGCAUGCAACGUCAGGAUUGUAGGUUCGAUUCCCAGGGCCACCCAUAUGUAAAAUGUAUGCAUGCAUGACUAGGACGCUUUGGAUAAAAACGUCUGCUAAAUGGCAUAUUUUUUAAAUAUUAUUAUUAUAUAUAUUGAAUUGGAAACCUUUUGAGACUAAUGUUAUGUGAUGGUAGUCUUUAUUUGACCUGUGUCAUGAUGUUCUGUGGUUCUGUAGGAGCCAGAGACUGAGCUGGAGCCUCCCAAAGCCCCAGAGCCCAAACAGGGCCUGUAUGACCUCACCGCCAGCAACUUCAAGGCCCACGUCUCUAAAGGUAACGUGGGGAGGACUGGGAUCAAUCAGUACCACACGUGGCAACGGUCUCUUUAUAGCCUGGUCCCAGAACUGUCUCUGCUCUCUUGUCAACUUGCAGUUGUCAUGCACGAUAGGAGUUGGCAAGAGGGCACACACAGACCUGGGACCAGGCUUGUCUCUUUAUACCAGAAUACAACCCAAUGUUUUAUGCAAGUUGCAUACGUAACGUUUCUACAACGUUGAACAUAAUUUAGGCGCCGUUAUUCCCUUGAAACCAUGAUGCAAUCCACUCUACAUUUAUCUAAUGCAAACCGCAUGUUUCCGAUCGCUGGACAAGCAGAACAAAAAUAAAUGGUCACUAUAAUUGCCCUGAUGAAAUUGCAGCUCUUAAAGGGAUACUUUUGGGAUUUUGGCAAUGAGGCCCUUUAUCUAUACUGAACCAAAAUAUAAACGCAACAAUUUCAAAGAUUUUACUGAGUUACAGUUCAUAUAAAGAAAUCAGUCAAUUACAAUAAAUAAAUUAGACACCAAUUUAUGGAUUUCACAUGACUGGGCAGGGGCGCAGCCAUGGGUGGUCCUGGGAGGGCAUAGGCCCACCCACUUGAGAACCAGGCCCAGCCAAUCAGAAUGAGUUUUUCCCCACAAAAGGGCUUUAUUACAGACAGAAAUACUCCUCAGUUUCAUCAGCUGUCCAGGUGGCUGGUUUCAGACAAUCCUGCAGGUGAAGAAGCCGGAUGUGGAGGUCCUGGGCUGGCGUGGUUACACGUGGUCCUCUGUUGUGAGGCUUGUUGUACGUACUGCCAAAUUCUCUAAAACGACGUUGGCGGCGACUUAUGGUAGAGAAAUGAACCUUACAUUCUCAGGCAACAGCUCUGGUGGACAUUAAUGCAGUCAGCAUGCCAAUUGCAUGCUCCCUCAAAACUUGAAACAUCUGUGGCACAACGCCUUUUAUCUCCUUUUAUCGUCCCCAGCACAAGGUGCACCUGUGUAAUGAUCAUGCUGUUUAAUCAGCUUCUUGAUAUGCCACACCUGUCAGGUGGAUGGAUUAUCUUGGCAAAGGAGAAAUGCUCACUAACAGGGUUGUAAACUAAUUUGUGCACAACAUUUGAGAGAAAUAAGCUUUUUGUGCAUAUGGAACAUUUCUUAUUUCAGCUAAUGAAACAUGGGACCAACACUUUACAUGUUGCGUUUAUUUUUGUUCAGUAUACUUCCCCAGAGUCAGAUGAACUCAAGGAUACCAUUUUUAUGUAUCAGUAUGAAGAAAGGUAGAGGUAGUUUCCCGAGCCAAUGCUAACUAGCGUUAGCACAAUGACUGGAAGUCUAUGGGUAUCUGCUUGCAUGCUAGCAGAUACCCAUAGACUUCCAGUCAUUGCACUAACGCUAGUUAGAAAUUACUCCAGCGCUAAUGAACAACUUCCUUCAAACCGAACGCAGAGACAUAAAAAUGGUAUCCACGAGUUCAUCUGACUCUGGGGCCUCAUUGUCACAAUCCCCAAAGUAUCCUUUUAAGCCUGGUUUUAGUCUGUUUUGGUUGAGAAUAAAAAUAAAUGAUUUCUGUUUUGGAGAAAAAAUACAGGAUAUGACAAGGUCAUUUGUAAGAGGAAUGUUUAUGGGUCUCACCUUUUAAAUCUUGGCAAGAUGAACUAUGACGAAAUUGCGUAAUCGGUAGCAUUUAACCUCUGUGAGCUCAGUUUAUUUUAGUCUCCAGGCCAGCAAUUUUAUAGUUGAUGUAAUUUCUCAUGUUAUUCCAUCAACUCAUAACCCAUCCUUAAGCUAAGACGCUCUUACCCUCUAACUUAAGGUAAUACGUACCUCUGUAAAAUGCUUUAUAAUUACGGUUCUUUCAGAUUGCAGCUAUUAUUACUGUACAUUUAUGUAUAUAUGAUGUUUUCCAGAAUGAAGUACAAUCUCCUUUUCUCCUUUCUGUCUCCUCUCUACAGGGUCCCACUUUGUCAAGUUCUUUGCCCCCUGGUGCGGUCACUGCAAGGCCAUGGUCCCCACCUGGGAGCAGCUGGCCACCAGUUUCGAGCACUCGGACAACAUCAAGAUCGGCAAGGUUGGUGACAAGUUCCAACUCUGCCUGAGCAACAGCAGGGGACCGGAGUCACUGUUAUCUAUGUAACAAGACCAGGACACGGAUCUUCUGACGAGUCAUUUUGUUUGUACAAUGAGAUAAUACAACCCACUGAACAAAUGUUAUUUAUGGCUGUGGCCUGAUGUUUGUAUUGAAUUGCAUGUUGAUAUUUCCAAGUUCAAAGCACAACUAGCUAUCUUUACCAACUACAGGAGUUAAAUGUGAAGUAUGACAAACUAGGUAUGAGCUGGAUAUGCUGAAUGAAUUCUGAUUUAAACUGGUGUUGUGUGAUUGGCCAGGUGGACUGUACCCAGCACUACGAGGUGUGCUCUGAGAAUGCUGUGCGUGGCUACCCCACCCUACUCUUCUUCAAGGACGGAGAGAAGGUACAUAGUGUGGUUGGAUAGCACACUGAAGAAGACCUUGUGUCAUUGUGUUCAGUAACGCAUUUAAGCAUUUAAGGAGCUAUGGCUUCGCCAUUAAAACAGUCAGUUUGUUAACCCUUUCCAUUGCUGCUGUUUGUCUGUCCAGGCGGACCAGUACAGAGGCAAGCGGGACCUGGACUCUCUGAAGGACUUUGUGGACAACCAGGUCCAGGCUGCUACUAAGGAGGAUGACGAGCACCCGCAUGCUAACGAGAUCCCAGUACCCAGCGCCGAACCCGCCAAAGAGGAGGUGUGUGUGUGUGACUUUCUUUCAGGCACCGUGGGGCCAAGAGCAUGGGUCUUCCAGACUUUAAAUACACCACAUGCUAUUUAAAAACUCUGAGCUUUGGUCAAUGUUUUCUAACGAAAAAAAGAAGUUGAGCUCUGUUGUGGUAAGAUGCUAACGGCGAUAUCUCAUUUUGGGGGCGGGGCACCCUGUUGCAUGUGUGGGCAGCAAGUUUUUACAACAUACAGUACCAGUCGAAAGUUUGGACACACCUACUCAUUCCAGGGUUUUUCUUUAUUUUUACUAUUUUCUAUAUUGUAGAAUAAUAGUGAAGACAUCAAAACUAUGAAAUAACACACAUGGAAUCAUGUAGUCACCAAAAAAGUGAUAAACAAAUCAAAAUAUAUUUUAUAUUUGAGAUUCUUCAAAGUAGCCACCCUUUGCCUUGAUGACAGCUUUGCACACUCUUGGCAUUCUCUCAACCAGCUUCAUGAGGUAGUCACCUGGAAUGCAUUUCAAUUAACAGGUGUACCUUGUUAAAAGUUAAUAUGUGGAAUUUCUUUCCUUCUUAAUGCGUUUGAGCCAAUCAGUUGUGUUGUGACAAGGUAGGGGGGGGGUAUACAGAAGAUAGCCCUAUUUGGUAAAAGACCAAGUCCAUAUUAUGUCAAGAACAGCUCAAAGAGAAACGACAGUCCAUCAUUACUUUAAGACAUGAAGGUCAGUCAAGCCGGAAAGUUUAUUCAAGUGCAGUCGCAAAAACCUUCAAUCGCUAUGAUGAAACUGGCUCUCGUGAGGACCGCCACAGGAAAGUAAGACCCAGAGUUACCUCUGCUGCAGAGGAUACGUUCAUUAGAGUUACCAGCCUCAGAAAUUGCAGCCCAAAUAAAUGCUUCAGAGUUCAAGUAACCGACACAUCUCAACAUCAACUGUUCAGAGGAGACUGUGUGAAUCAGGCUUUCAUGGUCGAAUUGCUGCAAAGAAACCACUACUAAAGGACACCAAUAAGAUUUUUAUUUUUAUUUUUUAGGGGGUAGGUCAGCUUUAACAUUGCAGAUAGAUUGUAACUUCCAUCACUGUAAUUGUCUGCAUCACUUCCAAUCCCCCAUAUUUUCUUCCGCAAAAAAUUAUAUAUAUAUCAUUUUUUUAAAUGUAUUUUCCUUUAUUACUUUCCAACCCCACCACCCCUCCCCUAAUUGGAGUGAACAACAAAGCUUAGGUGUCUACUUCAAGCUUAUACAUACUAUAUACAUUUUAUGGACACAGUCAAUAAUAAUUAUAUUUUGUUUGUUUUUACUCCUGAACUUCCUCUACCCUCAACCUCUCUGAUCAUUUUCAUGACGUCCAUCCGGUUUGCCUCUACAUGCCAUAUCCCCAAACUGAGCUCUUUUUCACAAUAGUUCUCAACCUACAUACUUACUAUGGACACAGUAUGUUUUACAUGAGUUAUUUUGUUGUUAUUAGUCCCAACCUUCAGCUCCAUUCAACCCCUCCCAUCUAUCUCUUAACACCAUCCAUAUUGGAUUUCUACUUGCCAUAUAUUUCUCAACUGUACUGUGAUGUUGCACAAAAGUUCUGAACCCUUCUAUUCUCAUUGUUUCUACAGAUUGUAAAUUGAAAAUAAACAUUUUUGCUAAAAGUAUUAUAUUAUUGAUCGAUUGACAGACUUUUCAGAUCACCCAGUAGUGCUAUCUGCAGGGUUAGCUCCAGGUAAAUAUUGCAAUCCUUCAGCCAUUCGUGGACCUGUGACCAAAAACAAGCUACAUUUACAUCAUUUAGCAGACGCUCUUAUCCAGAGUGACUUACAAAUGGACAGUACCAAAACAAAUUAUCUAAUGAUUCUGUCUCUUCGCAGCAAAAUCUGCAGAGCUGGGAAGAUUGUAUCCCCCAUAUAAAUAAAAUUAUAUUGGUUGCAAUAAUUUUUUAUAAUAAUUUAAAUUGAAAAAUUCUUACGUUUUGAAUCCGGCGUCGUUUUGCGUGUCAGUUCAUAAACCAUUUGCCAUGGAAUCGGUACGUCAAAAAUCUCUUCCCAACUAUUUUGCCAUCUAUAUGGGACAGCUGUCAAUCCUUUGGUAUACUUUUUUAUUUAUCACAAUUUUCUUUAACCAAUUAUGGUCUUUAAUGCAGAGCCGACAGACACGUUCCUUACUUUUCCCUCCUUCCACUUUCCUCUUCCAUUUUUGCGGUAAUGCUGCAAUUAUUUGGUUGUAAUUUUGGGUAGAGCAGACAUUUUUGUUAGCUGCAUAUGCGACAUAACUCCACCAGUUCUACCUAUGAUAUAAUUUACGAAGAUCAUACCUUUUUUUUUUUUUUCUCCAAAAAAUGUUUUUUUUAUCAAUUAGUAUAUUUGAGUUUAACCACAAUAUUUUUGCAUUAUUUGUUCUGUCAUUUCUGGAGGAUUAAAUUGAAAUUGCAACCAACUUUCUAUGGCUUGUUUUAGAAAUAGUGAUGUUUGGGAGAUGAUUUCCUUUUCAAAUAACUGAAAGUGAGAAGUUGUAAUCUGAAUAAAGGGGAAAAGGCCAUUCUUGAACAUGGGGUGAGACAAUCUUACUAAUUUGCUAGAGAACCAGUUCAGAUUUAAGUAUAACUUUUGUAUGACCGAAGCUUUUAAUGAUAGGUCUAAUGCUUUCAUAUUUAAUAAUUUCUGUCCUCCGAAUUAUUUAAAUAGGCCCGUUUAAUUUUGUCUGGCUUGCCGUUCCAAAUAAAAUGGAAUAUUGUUUUCUCAUAUACAACAAAUAGUAAACUGGGAUAAUACUAAAGAGUUAAUCAGAGUGAUUUGUCCACAAAUAGACAGGUAUUUACCUUUCCAUGGUAGCAAGAUCUUAUCUAUUUUUGCUAACCUUCUGUUAAAAUUGAUUGGAGUGAGAAUGUAUUUCUUUUGGGAUAUAUAUUCUGAGUAUAGAGACUUGCUUGGGUCAAGAAACACGAGCAAUGGAUAUUAGACCGGUGGAAAUCUGUCCUUUGGUCUGAAGAGUCCAAAUUUGAGAGAUUUGGUUCCAACCGCCGUGUCUUUGUGAGAUGCAGAGUAGGUUAACGGAUGAUCUCUGCAUGUGUGGUUCCCACCGUGAAGCAUGGAGGAGGAGGUGUUUUGGUGUGGGGGUGCUUUGCUGGUGACACUGUCUGAUUUAUUUAGAAUUCAAGGCACACUUAACCAGCAUGGCUACCACAGCAUUCUGCAGCGAUACGCCAUCCCAUCUAGUUUGCGCUUAGUGGGACUAUAAUUUGUUUUUCAACAGGACAAUGACCCAACACAUCUCCAGGCUGUGUAAGGGCUAUUUGACCAAUAAGGAGAGUGAUGGAGUGCUGUAUCAGAUGACCUGGCCUCCACAAUCACCCGACCUCAACCCAAUUGAGAUGGUUCGGGAUGAGUUGGACCACAGAGUGAAGGAAAAGCAGCCAACAAGUGCUCAGCAUAUGUGGGAACUCCUUCAAGACUGUUGGAAAUGCAUUCCAGGUGAAGCUGGUUGAGAGAAUGCCAAGAGUGUGCAAAGCCUGUCAUCAAGGCAAAGGGUGGCUACUUUGAAGAAUCUAAAAUAAAAUAUAUUUUGAUUUGUUUAACACUUUUUUGGUUACUACAUGAUUCCAUAUGUGUUAUUUCAUAGUUUUGAUGUCUUCACUAUUAUUCUACAAUGUAGAAAAUAGGAAAAAAAUUAAGAAAAACCCUUGAAUGAGAAGGUGUGUCAACUUUUGACUGGUACUGUACCUCUCCAGAUACUUAAUGAGUGAAUAAGCUCUUGGGCAGAUGGUUUAGCAGUGAGAUUACCAUCUAGCCUGCUCAGGCCUACGCUGUGGAAUACAGUCUACUGCAGUGUACAGCAGGCAUAGGCCUCUGCUGCACAACGGUCAACUAGACCUAGCAAUUAUGGGCAGGCUAGCUAUUUCCUCCCGCCCAUGCCAAGGCAUCUCGGAUAGAGUGUUCAGUGUGAACAGUGACAUCACUUGAGGCUUAACCUUGAACAAAGACAUGGGACAAGUCUUUUAAGGAGCAAUCCAAAGCUAAUUCUAAUCCGUCUCGGAUGUUCGGUGUAGGAACUUAGGCUACUGGUCUUGUGGACAUGCAGUGCCUUCAGAAAGUGUUCAUACCCCUUGACUUAUUCCACAUUUAGUUGUGUUACAGCCUGAAUUCAAAAUGGAUUAAAUAUAUGUAUUUCUCUAACCCAUCUACACACAAUACCCCAUAAUACCAAAGUGAAAACAUGUUUUUAGAUAUUUUUGCAAAUUUAGUGAAAAUAACAAAGAAAUCUCAUUUACAUAAGUACUCACACCCCUGAGUUAAUACAUGUUAGAAUUAUCUUUGGCAGCGAUUACAGCUGAGUGUCUUUCUGGGUAAGUCUCUAAGAGCUUUGCACACCUGGAUUGUACAAUAUUUGCACAUUAUUUUUACAAUUCUUCAGGUUCUGUCAAGUUGAUUAUAGCUAGACAGCCAUUUUCAAGUCUUUCCAUAGAUUUUUAAUCCGAUUUAAGUCUAAACUGGAACUAGGCCACUCAGAAACAUUCAAUGUCGUCUUGGUAAGCAAGUCCAGUGUAUAUUUGGCCUUGUGUUUUAGGUUCUUGUCCUGCUGAAAGGUGAAUUUGUCUCCCAGUGUCUGUUGGAAAGCAGACUGAAUCAGGUUUUCCUCAAGGAUUUUGCCUGUGCUUAGCCCUAUUCCAUUUCUUCUUACCCUAAAAAACUCCCUAGUCCUUUCUGAUGACAAGCAUACCCAUAACAUGAUGCAGCCACCACCAUGCUUGAAAAUAUGAAGAGGGGUACUCAGUGAUGUGUUGGAUUUGCCCCCAAACAUAACACACUGUAUUAAUUUCUUUGCCACAUUUGUAGCAGUUUUACUGUAGUGCCUUAUUGCAAACAGGAUGCAUGUUUUGUAAUAUUUUUGUUCUGUACAGGCUUCCUUCUUUUCACUGUGUCAUUUAGGUUAGUAUUGUGGAGUAACUACAAUUUAGUUUUCUCCUAUCACAGCCAUUAAACUCUGUAACUGUUUAAACUCUGUAACUGGUAAAGUCACCAUUGGCCUCAUGGUGAAAUCCCUGAGUGGUUUCCUUCCUCUCCGGCAACUGAGUUAGGAAGGACGUGUGUGUCUUUUCUAUUGACUGGGUGUAUUGAUACAUCAUCCAAAGUGUAAUUAAUAAUUCACCAUGCUCAAAGGGAUAUUCAAUGUCAGCUUGUUUUAUUUUGACCAAUCUACCGAUAGGUGCCCAUCUUUGCAUUGGAAAACCUCCCUGGUCUUUGUGGUUGAAUCUGUGUUUGAAAUUCACUGCUUGACUGAGGGACCUUACAGAUAAUUGUAUGGGGUACAGAGACGAGGUAGUCAUUAAAACAUCAUGUUAAACACUAUUAUUGCACACAGUGAGUCCAUGCAACUUAUAAUGUGACUUGUUAAGCAAAUCUUUACUCCUGAAAUUAUUUAAAUUAGCUAUACUGUAACAAAGGGGUUGAAUACUUAUUGACCUAAGACAUUUCAGCUUUUCAUUUUUUAUUCAUUUGUUAAAAAAAAAUAUAUAUAUAUAUAUGAAAACGUCAUUCCACUUUGACAUUAUGGGUUAUUGUGUGUAGGCCAGUGAAACAAAAUCUAAAUUGAAUCCAUUUUAAAUUCAGGCUGUAACACAACAAAAUGUGGAAAAGGUUGAGGGGUGUGAAUUCUUUCUGAAGGCACUGUAUUAACCUAUACAUGACCAGGAAUGAUCCCAUCCGAAAUCAUCUCUGUUUUUUCCUGCAGUCUGGCGUUGUUACACUCACAGAGAGCAACUUUGACGAGACAGUGGCCAAGGGGCUGACGUUCAUCAAGUUCUACACUCCAUGGUAAGUGCUCUUAUAUACAGUACUAACGCUCUUUCUAUUUAUCUCACACGUAUGACCUUGGACAUUUGUGAGUCAGUGUCAUUUGAGUCAGUGGUACUUUUUAAGAAGUUGAGGAGGCUAGUGCAUUUCCCCUCAGGUAAUGGAGCGGCACACUUGCAGACAGAAGUUCCAUCUCAAUACUCUACUAAAGUGGCCUCAGCGCCCUAAUCUGCCCUGAUCUAGGCUAGGUGAAAGGAAUAUAAUGGAUGCCUGUUUUGUCACAGCAGUGCACAUGACUAAAAGUACACUAGAUUCAAGUACCACUCGACUAUUGAGAUGCAGUCGCAGAGAAAGAACACCUCUGUCGUCCACUGACUGGAUAACCUGCGUAAUUAUAACUGACUUGUCCCUCCCCGCCCACCCCCCCUCCAGGUGUGGCCACUGUAAGAAUCUGGCCCCUACAUGGGAGGACCUGUCCAAGAAGGAGUUCCCUGGCCUGACUGACGUGAAGAUUGGCAAAGUGGACUGCACAGUGGAGAGGACGAUCUGCAACAGGUUUUCAGUAGGUGUUCUACACUGAGUGUACAGAAAUUGAGUUGCACCCUCUCUUGCCCUCAGAACAGCCUCAGUUCGUCGGGGCAUGGACUCUACAAGGUGUCGAAAGCGUUCCACAGGGAUGCUGACCCAUGUUGACUCCAAUGCUUCACAUAGUUGUGUGAAGUUGGCUGGAUGUCAUUUGGGUGGUGGACCAUUCUUGAUACACAGGUGAAACUGUUGAGCAGUUAUUAACACUCAAACUGGUGCUCCUGGCACCUACUUAAAUAUUUUACUACCGUACCCCGUUCAAAGGCACUUAAAUAUUUUGUCUUGCCCAUUCACCCUCUGAAUGGCACAAAUACACAAUCCAUGUCUCAAUUGUCUCAAGGCUUAAAAAUCCUUCUUUAACCUGUCUCCUCCCCUUCAUCUACACUGAUUUAAAAUGGAUUUAACAGGUGACAUCAAUAAGGGAUCAUAGCUUUCACCUGGUCAGUCUAUUUCAUGGAAAUGUUUUGUACACUCAGUAUAAAUUGUAAAUUGACUGUCAGUAGCUAAGAUAUGGCUCAGAAAGAGCACUACUGUAGUCUGCGGUAUAAUUAGCAAGACCUUGAUUGUGUAACUUCACAUUUGGUUCAUAAACCCACACAAGCAGGUGAGACCCAGGGCCACAGGAAGUAUAAACGGUGAGUUAGCUGAGGUUGUGUACUGUGGUUCAAAAAGCCAUAAAACUAUACAGCCACCUCAUCGUGGGAUUGGAUGAUCAGUAGUGCUACGCUACCAGGAAUAGUGGAUCUCAAGACUCCCUCAUGGCCCUUUUUAAGACAGACCAUGUUAUAACCAUCACAACCUUUAUUAGUGGGAUGCUCUCUGGAAUUUUCCCUGACUCACCGUCUCAAGGCCAUGGACCAGUAGUCUCUUCAGCUGCAGCCUCUCUGGCUCUUAGAAGCUCACUGUUAGAAUUUAUUAAAUUAGUGUUAUGACUCGCACUGCUAAACAAUCUAGACGAUUCAUGCAUAGUUUAUAGUAAGAGAAAAACCGUGCAACCAUUAUUUCCUUCAGUGUUGGCCGAUCUGAAGGAAAGGUGGAAGUGAUAUGGUGAAGGCAUUGCAGGGUUAGGUGAAGUCAAGACCAUAUUGCUCAUACCUAUCCAUUCCCUUCAGAUCAGCAAACACUGAAGAGGUCGGGGCUAGCUAGGGGUUAUUACCUUGCUGACUUGUUAUCCAUGGACGAUGCCUAUUUCCCCUUUCUCUUCCACAGGUACGUGGGUACCCCACCCUGCUGCUGUUCAGAGCUGGUGCUCAAGGUGAGGAGCAUCACGGAGGGCGGGACUUGGAGAGCCUGCACAGUUUUGUGAUGAAGCAGGCCCGAGACGAGCUGUAGCAUUGUCCAAUCAACAUCCACCGUUACUUCUCUCCUCCCCCCAACACAGAAUGGUCCUCUCCCACAACGGCCAGCUCUUAUCUCUCUCCAUCUCCAAUCGUUUUUCUUUCAGAAAGGAGUAGCGUCAACACACUGCUUUUUAACCCCCUCUGUAAUGUCUCAUGCCUUGUGAGCGAGGCCAGUCUGAUUCUAUAAUAAUCCAAUAGUUUGUGUGAAAUGUGAAUGUGUUUUGUUUGGGCUGCUCCUCUGGAGAGCAUUGGCUGGCUCUGCAAACCAUUUUUUGCCAACGGUACUUAAAUCGGCCAAACCUUAAAAUGCAUACCUUUUUAUAGUCAUCUCUACACUUGACAACUCAAGCAGAGUCGUCUUAAAUAGUGCCUGCUGGUUGUAUCAAAAACCGUUGGAUUAAGCUGACUAAGUUUGUCUGAAAUUUUAUAGAUGUAAAUUUGUUAAUGUUAAUUUGGUGAUUUAAGAAAAUCGUGUUGACGAACAAUCAUGAGCCAUUGAUAUGUUACUGUAGCACAGGGGUCAAAGCCGCGUGACCUCUCAUGACAUUGACGGUACUUUUUAUCCAUGCCAGUGACGGCCUAACUAACUUAACUCUCAGGGACACCCAGUUGGAGUUCUCGGCCUACGCCAUACUGCUCUCUCUUAUCGGGUAUAUUUGUCUCCCCUUAUUUUUCUGACGAAUUCCCCCAACUGCUUUUUGGCUAUGAUUGGAAAUGCUGCAUGAAACUACUUUAAUGUUUCAUGUCAAACUGCCCUUUGUCUGUGUCAGUGAGUGGUCUUCCGUGACAUUGCAUAUGUACUACAAAAACUCUGAAUGUAUUUUUUGUUUUCCAUUUUAGUGUUGUAAGAGGCUUCAGUUCAGUCCCACGGUCCAAUGUCAGGCACCUCGGGACUGUUUUUCCCGUUCUCACUGUUUUAUGAACAAUGAUUGUGAUCGUCUGUUUGGCGCACUCAAGUCAUGCCUUAUGCAUGGAAUGUGCUAGUUUGUCAUUAAAGGAAACCAUGUUUUCAUAUUUGUCAUUAGUCCAUGUUUGAAACAUCCCUCAGAAAUGGUUUGUGAGGGAUUGUGUCCAACAUGGAUGAAUGAAAAAUGGUUUUGGGGUCAAAUGCUUCUUUACGGGUAGUUCAUUAAAAUGGAACAUUCAGAACUUUGCAGAUAAGGAUGUGUUUGUUCUAUACAACAUUCCUAUCUUGUGUCUGCUGUAAAUGCAAUAGAUUUCCCAAAGCGGAUUAAUAUUCUGUUCCAUUGACUAAGCCCCAUAUCAGACCCCAGGGUGUCACUCAAACAUCCAGUGAAGCACAAGAAUGCAACAACAGUGAUAAGGUCACUUUACUUUGGGGUUGUUGUUUGGUUACCUCAGAUGCUUGGAGAUCAAAAAACGGAAUACCCUAAAUAUAUUAUCCACUCAUAUAAUGAUCACUCAUGACUUGUUUAGUCUAUAAAUUACGAUUACAAAGUUGAUUUUUCUUUCCAUAUAUAGAAUAUUAUAUCAACCCAUAAUGUUAGUGAUUCUGAGUUUUAUUGAAGUGUGUGCUAUUCUGGGGUGGUUGAGGUAAAUGAAGUGGUCUGAGAAUGUGUGUGUGCAUGGAGUUGCUGUGUGAGGCAGUUUUUACAUUCAAUGCUCAAUUAAGGGAAACAAAUGCAUUCAGAGGCUAACCACUUAUUGUCAGUAAAAAUCUUUAUGGAUAGUACAUGGUCUAGGCAGACUCCAGUGAAGGAAAGCAGUAUUUUGUUAUUGUGAGUGGGUUGUACACUGCCCCCCCCCAAAAAAGGCAAGUUGUAACAUGAGAUUUUGUAAUAAAAUGUCUUUCCAAAAAUAGUAUUUUUCAUUUGUUCACGUUUCUUUCUCUGUAAUAUGGCAUGUGACUUUAAGAGGUGCAAUAAAUAAGCUGAAAAUGUACACGUAUUUACACACAAGUCUAAAUAUGACCACAAGAAAUGUAAACAGCAGCUUACUGGAGGUAUAUUUUGUGAUUUCUGAUUGGUUAGGCACAAAGGUAUCUUUUUUUCAGCUAGCAGGAUUGGGCUCAAUUAAAAGGCAGUCAAUUCAGG